GCUAUGAACAGCAAAAGAAAAAGAAGUGGGAAAAAGAAAAGAAAAGUUAAAGUCUUCCUUCCAACCAGAGACCUCCAAUUUUCCUUAUCGUUCCCUUGCUUUCCAUCUAAAAGCAUUUGGCCUCUCAUUCACGUUUUCUCUUGUCUUCAACCAGACGUGAGUUCUGCUAUCUCUCUCUCUCUCUUUCUCUGCAUUCUCUUCUUUCCCUUUCUCUACCACUCAUAAGCAUUUCCCUUUAUUUUGUACCUAUAUGCUUCUUUUCAUUGUUUUGACAUAAAACUUUUUCACCCAUUAAUUUUCCUUCCUUAUAAUGUAAUGUACAAGUCUCUUCUGCUUCCUGCUAUGUUAUUUAAGUCGUGUUCUUUCGUCCUCAGAGCUGUUAAACUGUCAUUAAUAUAGCAUCUUUCUCUUGUCGGAAAAUGAAAACCAUGAUUCCUAGAUAAUUCAUGAGUUAGUAUAUACUCUUUAUAGUUAGUGUGUGUGUGUGUGUGUCCAUGGCCGCUGUUGGAAACCCCAGAACGUGGAUUCCAUAUAUGAACAGCAAAGACUGUUCUCAAGGAUUUUGCAGCUUGUACUGUCCACAGUGGUGUUACAUAGUGUAUCCUCCUCCUCCACCUUUUGAGUACCCUGAUGAUGAUUCAAGCCCAAAUUUCUCCCCUCUUGUCAUUGCAAUCAUUGGUAUUUUGGCCACUGCUUUUCUUCUGGUGAGUUACUACACUCUCAUAUCCAAGUACUGUGGCCCCAGAGGGUCUGCACGCAGAGACUCAAACGACGACUUCCAACCCACUCACAACCCCCCUCUCCAAGAACCAUGGAACGCUUCAACCACGGGUCUUGACGAGGCUCUCAUCAAAUCCAUUGCAGUUUUCAAGUACAAGAAAGGGGAUGCAGGUUCUGUUGGAGUCACGGAUUGUUCAGUUUGUCUCAGCGAGUUCGAAGACGACGAAAGUGUUCGACUUUUGCCAAAGUGCAGCCACGUUUUCCAUGCCCCUUGCAUCGACACUUGGCUCAAGUCUCACUCUAGCUGCCCCUUGUGUCGUGCUGCCAUAUUCACUUUCAACGCUUCUGUUCCUCGGGCUCACGCCCCAGAAGAAGAUGCCCCUUCUUCGAGGAAUGAAACUUCUUCUGAGAAUGAAAGUGUUGGAAACGAGUACGGAGUGGUGGUGAUGUUGGAAGAAGAAAGCAUACACCAUUCUCGGGCUUAUCCAAAGCCUGCAUUGCGUGCUUUCAGUGACUUGAGUAGUUUCCAGGGCAGACACAGAGUGAUUGAGAUAAGAGACGAAGUUUGUGAGUGUGAAUCCGUUGGAAGGUCAGUGUCCAUGGAUCAUUCGUUUCAAAGUGGUGUUUCUGUUGCUGAUGUGUUGCGAAUGCAUGAAGAGGAAGAUUCCCAAGUUGAAGGGUGUGGUUCUUCUUCUACUGAAGCUGGUCCAUCAAAGAGAUCACGCGGAGAGAGGUACAAAACAAGGGUUUUGCAUUGUGUGUUGAGUCCAAUUGCAAUGAAGAGAUCGUUUUCCAGCGACAGAUUCUCAGUUACCAAAAGUAGCAGAGCAAGACAGGGAACUAUACCCAUCUGAGAAUUUCGUUUCUGUAAGACGAGUUUCAUCAAGUUUCUGCAUAACAGAGGUGAUUAAUCUGCUUUGGAACGUGAUAAUUUACAGUAAUAUCUUUUUGGAUCCUUGAAUUAACAAAUAACGAUUUUCAUUAAAGAUAUCAAAUGCCAUGUUUUCCUGUUUGUUUA